AGUGUGCGUGACAUGGAGCCAAGCUUAGAAAUGACAUUUCAGUGCCGGACUUGCGCCGGCGUCAUCUACCACACAAGGCCAAAGAAUCUCUUCAGCAUUGAGAACGCCACAAUGCUGCUAAACCUUGUACAGGUGACCGGCGCCGUGAUCAAUAAUGAUCCGGCGCUGCCCAGUUUUAUUUGUGGCUGCUGUCUGCACGACUUGAAGCUGGCCAUAGUGUUUCGGGAACGGUGCAUUCAAACGCAGAAGGAUCUGCUGCAGCGAGGCAAGAUUCCCAAAAGGGAAGUCUUUGAACAGGAGACAGGCGAUCAGGAGGAGGAGGUAGAGGAAUGUGAUCUCCAGCAGGAGGAGGACAACUAUGCCGCGGUACCCCCCGAUUCCCUUGAGGAGGAGGAUAAUUUCUUUGAUGAGUUCGACGCUUGUCUCGACGUCGGGGAAGAGCCAGCCGUAGCGGAAGAGGAGGCCGACACUUUGGAGGCAACUGUAACCGAAGAGUUCGAAACCAUUUACGAAACCAGCACCGAACCAGAAGAGUUUUUCAACCGCAUUUCGAAUUCUGAGGAUGAAGUCGAAGAGGACUGCUACACAGACGGCUCCUUUCCAAAUUCUUCCAGACAGCUUCAGCCGGACCCGGAGCCGGAUACCUCAGAAAAUGAGGGUGAACUCGAGCGAGACAGUUUUUCUGAUAACUCCUGUGCAGCCUCUCCCGUACAGCCCGCGUCAGUGAAGCAACGCGGCCGCCCACGUGGCAGCACAUCGAAGUCUGGAAGCGUUGACUUGGAUCCCAAGACGACAACCGCGAAGCCGAGAAAAAAGAAACCGUAUGUGACGUGGAAGAACAUGACCGAGGAACAGAUCGUGGCGCGGAAGCGGCAGCAGCGCAUGCGCGACUGUGUUUGCGAGCAGUGCGGCCGACACUUCACCGACCAGAGCAACUUCAAGUUGCAUAUGCUCCGGCACACGGGCAUAAGGAACUUUGCCUGCGAGGAGUGCGGAAGACGCUUCUACACCGACCACCUCCUGUCGUUGCACCAGAGAAUCGUACACAAUGGCGAGCGACCCUACGCCUGCCGAUACUGCACUAAGACCUUUCACAACAGCACCACCCGUGUGAUCCACGAGAGAAUUCACACAAAUGCCCGACCAUAUAGCUGCACCCACUGCAAUAAGACGUUUAGCUCGGCUUCAGGACGCAAGCGGCAUGAGCUGAUACACACCGGUGUAAGGGCCUAUUCCUGCUCAAUUUGCGAACAAUCCUUCCAGCGCAACACUCAUCUAAAGGCUCAUUUGCGAUCAAAAAUGCAUGCACUUCGGGCAGAGUCCAAUAAUAAAGAUGAACUCGAAUCGGACUGAAUAAAACUUUAAAUGUAAGAUUUAAAUUAUAAAAUUAUGAGGGAAUUUAGUUUGUUAUAACGUAAGUUGGUAUUAACUGAUAUAGUUAACUAAUAAGCUAC